AUAUUGGUAGAAGGAUGAUGAGGAUGGAGCUCCUAGGCAAGAGAGCUAGAGGAAGACCAAAGAGAAGGUUGAUGGAUGUCGUGAGGGAAGACAUGAUGGCAGUUCGAGAGGAGGAUGCAGGAGAUAGGCUUACAUGGAAAAGGAUGAGGCGCUGUGGCGACCCCUAAAGGGACAAGCCGAAAGAAAAAGAAGACUCGAUCAAGCCUUUUCUAAAAUGCCAUACAACAAAAUAAGUAAAUAUGUAUGAUUAUUGCUGACAUCGGACCGAAAUCGGUAUCGGCUAAAACUCAUGGCUGCAGUACCGGUAUCGGAUCUGGGCGACUGGUUAGCACAUCCGCCUCACAGUUCUGAGGGGUUCAAAUCCCGGCCCCGCCUGUGUGGAGUUUGGAUGUUCUCCCCGUGCCUGCUUGGGUUUUCUCCGGGUACUCUGGUUUCCUCCCACAUCCCAAAGCCAUGCAUGAUUGCGUGAGGACAGCUGGACACUGAUCUGCAAACGUCUGGAGGCUGGAUGGACAACAUGUCUCCUCAACAUCAACUGGACAGACUGAGCCAGGGUGCGGGACAAAGCGACAACAGACGGCGGGUGAACUCCCAAAGUCUUCGAUGUCAGUCCGCACCCGCUCUAGUCAUCAGGAAAGCUCUCUCCAGGUCCAAGACCCUUUCCAGAGAGAGCCUUCUGGUUCCUGUGUUCCCAGAGACAUGCUCAUUGGUCCAGUCCUUUCUGAGAAUGCCCGAUAGGUUAUUUCUACUACAUGGGCACAUUCAGUUAAAGACUGGCAUGCAGACACAGGACAGAAACCUCUUCCUCUUCACAGACAUCCUAGUGAUCGCCAAAGCCAAGUCAGCCAACCAAUUCAAGCAGAAGGCCCAGGCGCUUGUAUGUGAAAUGUGGACAGCAAGUUGCCUGGAGGAGGUGUGUGAAGGAAGCACAUGCCCUGAGAGGAGCUUUGUCAUUGGCUGGCCCACAUGUAACUCCGUUGCAACAUUCAGCUCAGCGGAACAAAAAGAGAAAUGGCUGUGCCACCUGAAAAGUCGAAUUAAAGAGGAAAAAGAGAAGGAAGAACCUAAGACCAUCCCUCUCAGAGUGUAUGGGAAGGGACUUAAUACUUACGCCGUUACCAAGACUUUGCCUGUCAGCAACUCUGAUUCAACCAAUGAGGUGAUCCGACUGGCUCUGCAGCAGUUUAGCAUUAUUGGUAACGUGAAGGACUACCAGCUGUGGAUCCUCUCCAAGAGGGACAAUACACCCUAUCAACUCAUUGGUCACGAGUUCCCCUUCAGUAUCCAGAUGAGUCAUGUGCGACAAGCGCUGACCCACAGCGCUACAGCGCCAGAGGACAGAGACUGGGCGAUACAGGCGGAGCAGCUGCAGAUGCACAAGCGGUGCCAAUUUAUCCUCAAAGCCCGCCCUGAGGAAACACUUCAACCGCAGGUGGCGACAGAGUUCCCACAGAAGCCAUUUAAAAGGAGGCGCUCGCUCAUCACUUGGGCCUUUCUGCGAGGUUCCUCCCAUCAGCUGGCGUCUUCCAUGGGCGCCGCUUCUCAAGGCUGCUUGUUCGGCCGCCCCCUCAGUGUCGUGUGUGUAGAAGAGGCCCUCCCAAAGCCUGUGAUGGACAUGCUGGCACUCCUGUAUCACGAGGGCCCGUGGACGCGGGGCAUCUUUCGGCGCCCAGCGGGUGCUCGGGCCGUCAGGGAGCUGCGGGAUUCAUUGGAUUCUGGAGAGUUCCUUCUCCCGCUUACUCGAGACCACAUCUUCAUCAUUGCGGGUGUUUUCAAAGACUUCCUGCGCAACAUUCCCGGCAGCCUGUUGUGUUGCGAGCUCCACGAAGAGUGGAUGGACGCGCUGGCCGAUGAAGAGGGGGAGGAGGAGCAAGUGCAAGAAAUAAAACGGAUGAUGUGUCGGCUGCCUAAUGGCAACGCCUUGUUGCUACGCUACUUGCUGGCUGUGCUGCAUGUUAUCCGAGGCAACGCCCACGAGAACCAGAUGACAAGCUUCAACCUGGCGGUGUGCAUUGCUCCCAGCAUGCUUUGGCCUCCCGGGGCACUGUGCAGCCCUGAAGCAGAGAACGAAGGAACCAGGAAGGUUUGUGACUUGGUGAAGUUCAUGAUAGAACACUGCCAGCAGAUUUUGGGAGAGGAGCCUUUCUCUCUGUUUGGAGGCUCACCACAGAGACUCAACACCCAGGAGACGGGACUCUGUGACAAGUGGACGUACCCUUUGACAGAUUCGUCCUACGACAGUCUUGAGAACGAAUUGGAUACCAGCAGUGGUGGCUCGCCGAGCUUUUGCGGCAGACGUCUCCGAUCCAAACCAGGCAGUCUGGAUUCGGUCCUCACGUUCAGCGACUAUGAGCAGGACACGGACCCGGAUGUGCGGCACACUCGAUGGCAGAGGCAGAGGGGAAACAGGCAGAUCCAAGAUACACCCAUCGUGGAUCCCGCCUCCUCCAACCUGGACAUCCUUUCUCUGCACAGUAUGCACAGGCAGCGUCGGCGAUCUGAGCCAGCAUUGGUGUAUCUAGCGAAGAUUCAGCCGCGCUUCUCUGGGAGCACGGACGGCCUCACUGGCGAGGAUGAUGACGAUGAUGACAAAAGCGAGCGUGCCUCAAAGUUGGGGCUUCACCAGCGGUACAGAAGGUCACUGGCGGCCAUGGAGAAGAGCUCCUCCAGCCUGUCCUCCAACCCCACCUCCCCUGCACCAACACAGACCAAGGCAUGCGCUCCUUCCACAUCCAUCGCCACAAGCUGCAGACUGAUUUUUGGCAAACAUGAGCAGCAAGAGUCAAGUUGCAAAGAGUGUCCAGCAAAAGAGCAUCUUAAAUGGGGUACUUUGAAAAGCUGCAGGAGCCUUCACCCCAACUCUUGGCUGAGGAAAGACCGUAGACUGUCCUUAACUCAACAAGAGAGCUUGGAGAAGAACUCUGCCUCCAGCACACAUACAAACACCAACACCAUUGAUGAAUAUUAGCAUCCUUGGCAGGCUAGUCACUCAUAGUUUAAGCAUCUACAGAUUUGAAAAUACUAUUUAUUUAACAUACAACUGCAAAAGAUCAACUGUAGGGAUAAUAGUGGCCGUUGUCAUCUAAUGUAGUUUACUGUUGUUAGAAAGCAAGUAGUGUACUGUCUGCAUAAAAAAUGUAGCCCUUUCAACAAAGUGAAAGUGUAAAUCCGCCCCCUGGCGGAUCUGUCGCCAUACAGCACUUUGACACUUUUCUUUAUUGUAGCUUGUUUGACUAGCAAGCCGCACACGUCUGUCUCAUCUGCUGUUUGUGUGUGUUGCAUAUUAAAAAGGAAUUUAACUGUUUUUAAUGGGAGGGACAGAUUUGUAUAGUUAGGAGACACAACAAAACACUUUGGCGCCCUCCAUGUCAUUGCUGCAAUUAGAAAAUACAGUGGUGCCUUAAGAUAAGA